AUGAGCUCUUCGUCAACUGAUACCUCACCACCGUCUGUGUCCGGCCUCCCUCCUGGUUACUCCAGCAGCCGGGUCCAUCCUCGCUGCCCAACCUGCACCUGUCCCAGACCACCUCCUGCGUAUAGCAGUCCAGAGGAUGCCGACCAUGAGUGGGUUUCCACAGCAUACAAACAAAUUCGUAUUCGCUUUCUUGACUAUACAUUUGCCUCAGAUCACCAAUGUACAGAACUACACUUUCCACUUGAUGGAGAUGGAGUUCUGGACUACGGGGUUCUUGCGCAGACCUUAGGGGUCAAGGAAGUCAUGCGGCAGGAGCCAACUUUUAAGGACCUUGUUUUGACUCCCCUUCGAGAACCAGCAGCUGUCAUCAGAGCAGCAAUCCGGUCAUGUGGUUACCUGCGAGUAGUAGAAUUCAGCCGUCAGGAGAGAUUCAGUUAUAAAUAUGGUUGCUCUAUCUCACCAUCUAAUGUCCGCGUGCGAUGGUACCCUUCACCAACCACCGACAUGACGUUGUUUGAAGAGAUGCUGGAGGAAAUUGAUACCCAUGAUUGUCUCUCCCUCGGAAGCAUUGCUCGAAAACAUAACAUUUUGAAUGUCCAGGUCUUCGAUCCUUGCAAGAUGAAGCAAGUUCGCACCAAGUUUAGACAUGUCCUUCAUCCUCGGGAACGAUCUCGUGCCAUGGGUCGCAGAGGAUUUAUUGCAAUCACUGAUGCAAUUGUACCCUUCCCUGUGAUAAGUAUCAGUGAUGCACAAGUUGAUCGAGAGGUAGGAAGUGCAGUGCGUGACCGCACUGGGCGCAUCAUGGAUAAUUAUCUGUUAACUUCCUUUGAUGUCUAUUGA